UACAAACAUAACUAUUUCUUUUAUCCAAAUGCAUGCCAUAUUUGUAAAAAAUUUGGCAAUGGAAUCUGUUUAAAAAGAUGUGGUAAUUGUACAAUGAUUUCUUAUUGCUCCAAGGAACAUCAAAAAGAACAUUGGCCACAGCACAAAUAUUUAUGUAAUGCAAUAUGCUGUGUUUUAAAAGAUAACAAAAUAUCAAACUUUUUGAAUAACAAACAAAACCAUAACAAAGAAAACUGGGCUCAAGUGAAAAUGAAUUUCAUGUUAUUAGUAGCAAUAGCAAUUGGUAGAAAAUUGGAACACUAUGAAGAAGAAAUGUUUAAAUUUCUUAGAUCAUGUGUUGUAUGUCAUGAUCCAAAUGUAAAGAUUCUUGAAAAUUGUUCUAAUUGUCCAAAUGCCAGUUUUUGCACAAAGCACAAAAAUGAUGCAAAGCAUAAGAACAUUUGUUAUCUUAUAAAAUUAUGCUUUAACUUAGAUGUAAUCUCAGUAAUGCACAAACGCAAAAUACCUGAAAUAAAACUACCAUAUCAUACAGAUUAUAUAAAUUUACCACAAAAUAUGAAAGAUUUUAUAGAUUAUUAUACUGAGCCAGAAAGAAAUGUACAAAUAUCUAUAGAUGAAGAAAGAAUGAUAAAUUCUGAAUAUCUUACACGACCUUUAACAUUUCUUUAUGCAAUACAGAAAUUAGAAUAUAUUUUAGAAGAUGAUAGUAUCAUUGUUCAUGUUAUUGCAGCCAAUAUGAUAGACAUUGAUGGCAUAGCACUUUGGGAAAUUUUAUUACAUUGGGUACCAAGUAUAACAACAAUAAAAAUAAUAUUAAUAGGACCUGAACUGUCUUUAGGUUCUAUGUCAAUGAAUCUCUGUAAAUAUUGUCAGUGUAACAACAAAGAAAUUUCAAUUCAUAUGUAUGAUAUGCUUUAUGAGAAUUACAGUCAUGAAGUAUCAUAUAUAAAACCAAAUUUUAUUAUUGGUUACAAUGCAGGAAUUCAUGAAUGUGAAGAUGUCAAAUCAGAAAAAGAUACAUGGAGGCAAUCUUUGCAAACAGUAGCUGAACAAAACUGCCCAUUUGUUCUAACAUCUUAUACUUUAGCAGAAGCAGAAAAAGAGCAAAUCAGACUUAAUGAAAUUCUAGACAAUCAUGUAAAAUGUGCAUAUUUUGAAUGGAAUCCAUAUUCCAGUUUAAAACCAUACAGAGAUUUUGAAACUGAAGGAAUAUAUUAUCAAAAUCAGUAUAUAAUUAUGUAUAGUAAUUUAAAAGCAAAUAAUUGCUAUUAA